AUGACUCAGCACGAUGGACGCAUGCGUCAGUGUGUGAAAACGCCACGCACAGAUUGUGUGUAUGGCUGUGUACGACAGGACGGAGGCAAGAUAAAUGCAGCUUUGGAACUGCUUGAACUGACGAGCAAAAGGAAUGGAAUUCAGGCAAAACUGAAAUGUGAGGAAGAGUGGUUCGCCAAGAAGAAAUCAGCCGAUUGGCACUGGCCUGUUGUCCCUGAUUUAUAA